UCUACUUUCAGAAAUCAAAUAUUUUCUGCAAUAUUUUGGGUGCUCGCUGGAGCGGAAAAGCAAGCUCAGCAAGCGCAACGAGGCCUGCUCUUUAUUAGCUCAGCAAACCGAGUCAGUUUUCCUUCCUAUUUAACAAAACAAGGAAUGGAGAAGAAGAAUCAGGGUACUAGUCAAGGAAACGAAGCAAAAGCAUCCACUUCUGCCCAAAUGAUUUUUGGAGCCAACAUGCUGCAAAUCAAUGGAGACGAUGCUUCCGGCUUAAUUGGUAGCAUUAUCGAAAAGGGUAUUUCAGAAAACCUACAAAGCAAGCUUCUUGCGCCCACUCCGCCCCCCAAAGUCACCGUUUUACCUUUCCCCGUCGCGCGCCACCGGUCCCAUGGACCGCAUUGGGGUCCAAUGAGAAGUGAAAUUGCUGUUAAUGAUGAUAAUGAGGAUGAUGAGGAUAAUGAUUCAACUGAGAUUAACUCAAUGUCAGCUUUUGCAAAUCCAGUGCAGAUGAGGCAGAAAAAGGGUUUGGAUCUUAGUCAAUGGAGAGGGCUAAUCCCAAGUGAUAGUCCAUUGGAGAGCAGUAAGAUGGAAGGAAAUAGGCUAAAGUUGAAGAGCACAGGAAAACAAAAUAAAGAUGGAGUAGUUGAUAACAAGGACAAGAAAAACAUAUCAUGGCAUCCUCCUCUAGUUGAUAAGACUCCAAUGGAAGUGGAUGCAGAUCAGGAUUUAAGUUCUUUUGUGCCUCCAACUAAAAAAGGGGCUAUGUCAAGUGAUAUUGAUACCGGGUCUCUCACUCCAGCGGCUGAUAUGGAAAUAUAUAACUCACAUCAAGUACAUGUUGAGGAGAAUAUUAGAAAUGCCAGCUCUAUUCUCUCCAAAAGCAAAUCAAGAUCUAUUGAAAACAUGCCUAAUAAUGGUAUAGCUAAAUUAACACAGCUUGAGAAAAAGGAGAAGGUGGAUCCUGCUUUUGGAGAGAUGCUAAUUAAGCGAGGGCAGAAAGCAUCAACAAUGGUUUCUAGCUCUAGUUUAAGCAAUUUUGGAAAGGAACGAGGUUCUUUGUCUCUUGAGAGUGAGAUUGAUACUGAGAAUCGUGCACGUUUAAAGAGCAUGUCCCCUGAAGAGAUUGCAGAAGCACAAGCUGAAAUAAUGGAGAAGAUGGACCCUGCAUUGGUAAACUUACUGAAAAAGCGGGGCCAAGAAAAAUCAAAGCAGCAAUAUCUCUCAAGGUCAGAUAAACCUAUCAGUAAUGAACUCAAUAAUACUCUCAGUGAAAUUCAAACAGCCAAAAGCUCAGAAAUUUCUUCUCAUGUGAGGAGUGAUAGUUCUGAUAUGAUGACAAUAACUACCUCAACAGAUACAAAGAUUGGACCGGAUAAUGGUUUGGUACAGGAUUCAGGCCCACAUGAUGGCUAUUUGUGGAAUAGUUGGAGUGAGAGAGUUGAGGCUGUACGGAGAUUAAGAUUUUCCCUGGAGGGGAGUGUUAUUACGGAUGAAUCAGAGGCUGGUGAUAUAUCCAUUGACACUAGGGAUGGUGCUGUAAAUGUUACCGAACGUGACUUUCUGCGGACUGAGGGGGACCCUGGUGCAGUGGGUUACACAAUCAAAGAAGCUGUACAACUCACUAGAAGUGUGAUACCGGGACAACGGGCUCUUGCAUUGCAUCUCCUUGCAUCUGUGCUUGAUAAAGCAAUACACAACAUUCAACAGAAUCAAGUUGGGUGCACAAUUAAAAAUGUUAAUCUAGUUGACAAGUUGAUUGAUUGGGAGGCUAUUUGGGCUUAUGCACUUGGUCCUGAACCUGAGCUUGUUUUAUCAUUGAGGAUGUGCCUUGAUGAUAACCAUAGUUCAGUUGUUUUAGCUUGUGCAAGAGUUAUCCAGUGCGCACUGAGUUGUGAUUUGAAUGAGAAUUUCUUUGAUAUCUUAGAGAAAAUAGCAUUCUAUGAGAAGCAUAUCUUCACUGGCCCCGUAUUUCGAAGCAAACCAGAUAUAAAUGUUGGUUUCCUCCAUGGUGGCUUUUGGAAGUAUAAUGCUAAACCUUCUAAUGUUCUAACUUUCACUGAUGAUGUCAUUGAUGAUGAGACCGAAGGGAAACAUACAAUUCAGGAUGAUAUUUUUUUUGCUGGUCAAGAUUUUGCUGCUGGUUUGGUUAGGAUGGGAAUCCUUCCUAGGUUGCACUAUCUUUUGGAGGCUGACACUAAUGCAGCCUUGGAAGAAUGCAUAAUUUCUAUACUUGUUGCGAUAGCAAGGCAUUCCCCAACGUGUGCAAAUGCAAUUAUGAAGUGCCAAGGACUUGUCCAUACAGUUGUCCACAAAUUCACUAUGGGAUUCACUACAGAAAUUCAUGCUUCUAAGAUAAAAUCUGUUAGCCUUUUGAAGGUAUUGGCUCAAUCUGACAAGAAGAAUUGCUCAGAGUUCAUAAAGACUGGUUCUUUUCAUGCUAUGAUCCAGCAUUUGUUUCGAUAUACUUCCUCCCUUGACCACUGGGUGAAGUCUGGGAAGGAAAGCUGUAAACUUUCGUCUGCUUUGAUGGUUGAACAACUACGUUUUUGGAGGGUCUGCAUUAGUUUUGGGCUCUGUAUGUCAUAUUUUUCAGAUAUCUUCCCUGCCUUGUGCUUGUGGCUGCAUCCACCUACAUUCAGUAAACUUCAGGAGAACAAUGUUCUUAGUGAAUUUGUUUCUAUCUCUCGGGAGGCAUAUCUUGUUUUGGAGGCUUUGGUUAGGAAACUUCCAAGUUUCUAUUCACAGAAACAUAUAAGCAAUCAAAUCUCAGAUUGUGCCAGUGAUGAGCUGGAAACCUGGUCUUGGAGUUUUGUUACUCCAGUGAUAGAUUUAGCUUUGCAGUGGAUAGCAUCGAAGGACGAUCCUUAUGUUUCUAAUUACUUUGGGAGGGAAAAAGGAAUUGGGACUGACUUUGUUUUCGAAGAUUCAUCUGAUAGUUCUUUGUUGUGGGUGUUUUCAGCUGUCAUGCAUAUGCUUUCUGCAUUGCUUGAAAAAGUAAAGCCAGAGGAAACCCUGAUCCCUCAAGGAAGUAGCAGACAUGUUCCAUGGUUGCCAGAGUUUGUUUCUAAGGUUGGACUUGAAAUUAUUAGAAACCAGUUUUUGAGUAUCAAUGGCACAGAGGAACAAAAAGAUUUUGAUGAAAGUGGCACCUGGAUUAAUGAACUUUGUUGUUUUAGACAGCAUAGUAAAAAUGAGUCAUCCUUAGCUUCUGUUUGUUGCCUUCAUGGACUUUUCCAAGUUAUUAUUUCAAUUGAUAACUUGAUCAGCUUGGCUAAAGGUGGUAUCUGUGUCCCUCUGUCCCAAGGAUAUAAUUUCUCAAGCGAAGGGAAAAUUCUUGAGGAUGGGAUUCUGAAGAGGUCUCUGGUUGAAUGGAGAUGUGUGCUCAAUGUUUUUAUGAAGUUGGUGGGAUCAGAGUGGCACUUUAUGCAGUCCAUUGAGAUUUUUGGUAGAGGAGGACCUGCUCCCGGGGUGGGACUUGGAUGGGGUGCCUCUGGUGGAGGAUUUUGGUCAAUGACUGUUUUGUUGGCUCAAACAGAUGCUAGAUUAAUAAUUUACAUGCUUGAAAUCAUCCAGAUGGUGUCUAGCACAGAAUCACCAACAAAUGAAGAGAUGGUCUCUGCUAUGCAUAGGGUUAAUUCUGUCUUAGGGGCAUGCUUAACUAUUGGGCCUACAGAUAGAGUCAUGAUGGAGAAGGCAUUAGACAUUUUGCUUCAAGUCCCUGUUCUCAGGUAUCUUGAUCUCUGUGUACAACAUUUUCUCCUAUUGAAUAAGAGGAUGAAACCUUUUAGAUGGGAAUAUAAAAAAGAGGACUACUUUCUCUUCAGUGAGAUAUUAGCCUCUCACUUCAAAAAUAGAUGGUUGUCUGUAAAGAAGAAAUUGAAAGCCAUAGACACAAAUAAUUCUUUUCAGAACGGAACUUCUAAGAAGGGUAAUGUUUCUUUGGAAACCAUACAUGAAGACUUGGAAACAUCAAAUAUGCCAAGUCAAGUUCAUUAUUGCACUUCUUUGAUGGUAGAGUGGGCUCACCAGAGAUUGCCACUUCCCAUGCAUUGGUUUCUGAGUCCUAUUUCAACCAUUUCUGAUGAUAAACAUGCUGGUCUUCAAAAUGCUUCUAGCAUACCUAAUCUCAUACAUGACUCCAGUGUUCUGGUUGAAGUUGCUAAAGGUGGACUUUUCUUGCUGCUAGCUAUGGAAGCCAUGUCCACGUUCCUAUCCAAUGAUGUCCACUCUCCUAUUCGCAAUGUACCUUUGGUUUGGAAAUUGCAUUCUCUAUCCGUCAUAUUACUUGUUGGAAUGGAUGUGCUUGAUGAUAACAAGGGUAAGAAUGUUUAUGAAGCCUUACAAGACAUUUAUGGUCAUAUUCUUGAUGAAGUAAGAUUUACUAAAAGUGCUAAGCACAUUUUGGAUGAAAGCGCAAAUUUAUUGCUGGACACUGAGAAGAAAUGUAGUGUGGACUUUAUGAGGUUUCAAUCAGUGAUUCAUGAGAGUUACUCUACAUUUCUUGAAACACUUGUGGAGCAGUUUGCUGCUGUAUCUUAUGGUGAUCUGAUUUUUGGUCGUCAAGUUUCUGUAUAUUUGCAUCGUUGCACUGAAGCAGCUGUGAGACUUUCUGCCUGGAAUGCACUGUCUAAUGCUCAUGUUCUUGAAAUUCUGCCACCAUUGGAGGAAUGCAUUGCUGAAGCAGAAGGGUACCUUGAACCUAUUGAGGAUAACGAAGGCAUUUUGGAAGCUUAUGUGAAGUCUUGGAUUUCUGGUGCUCUUGAUAGAUCUGCGGCUCGAGGAUCAAUGGCAUUUGCUCUUGUUUUGCACCACCUUUCAUCUUUCAUUUUCCUUGUUCGUAGUCAUGACAAUACAUCUCUACGAAAUAAGAUUGUAAAGUCUCUUUUGAGAGAUUACUCCCAGAAGCAAAAACAUGAGGGAAUGAUGUUGGAACUUGUACAGUAUUGCAAACCAUCUAAAUCUCACCAGCCUGGAGAGUGUAGUUUGUUACUGCAGAAUAGUGACAUUGAGAAAAGGUUUCAAGUGCUAACAGAUGCUUGCGAUCGAAAUUCCUCACUUUUGGCUGAAGUUGAGAAACUAAGGUCUGCUUUUGUAAAGAAAUUGGAUGCUGUGAAGUAGCUAAGAUCUGAUGUGUACAGAGGAAGAAGAAGAAAAGAAAGAGUGUCAUUGGUGAACCUACACUGACAUCUAGCCUGCAUGAAUAUCAUCAGAGUUGGUAGACAUAUCAUGAGAAAUCUAUAAAAGAUAAUUUUCUGUUAAGAAAUUAAAACAGAUGGGGUUCAUAUUCCCACA